AACAACCACCACCGCUCCUCCAAUCCCACAUUCGCUCGCAGCUCGAACCAAGGAGAGACCGUCAGCCAUGUCCGGGCGCGGCAAGGGAGGCAAGGGGCUCGGCAAGGGCGGCGCCAAGCGCCACCGGAAGGUGCUGCGCGACAACAUCCAAGGCAUCACCAAGCCGGCGAUCCGGAGGCUCGCUCGGAGGGGCGGCGUCAAGCGCAUCUCCGGCCUCAUCUACGAGGAGACCCGCGGCGUGCUCAAGAUCUUCCUCGAGAACGUCAUCCGCGACGCCGUCACCUACACCGAGCACGCCCGCCGCAAGACCGUCACCGCCAUGGACGUCGUCUACGCCCUCAAGCGCCAGGGCCGCACCCUCUACGGCUUCGGCGGCUAGGCUCGUCCUCACCUCCGUGCAAAUUCCGAUGUGCUUAUCCCCCUGUGCGCCGUAGUCUCGCUGUCCAGAAAACUUAGCUGAAAUGAGUUCCCCAUGUUUAUCUCCGCUGUUUCCUUCGUAGGAUUAGCUGUAUCGUCAAACAAAGCUGUUCGCAUCUGAAGUUUGAAUCCAAUCUUGUGUCUACGCAAAUAUUGUGGUUGUGGUUUUGCUGUGAUUUUUA